AUGUUCCGAGCCCAGGAUGUUAGAAACGACUCGGCUGGGAAUUGUGGCGCAUGGGAGAAGGGGGAAGAUGGCGUUAAGGGCAUUCCUCCUUCUUUAAAUCAGCCGGGGAACAGCUCAAGGACAUUACGGACCCCGCCUGGUGCGCUUACCCAAUCACAAUUGCCGCCAGUUGGAAGUAAUCCCCCUUCCAGGGUGCCCGGGAAGCUGCCAAUUGAACCGCCAACGUCCCAAUCAGCGUGGGAUGCAUUCAUCUCGAAGAUUGGAGUUGUUAAAGAUUUUCUUGGUUCUCCUAGUUGGCCAGAGCUAAUCAAGCAAUAUGUCGUGCCAGGAUGGGCGGCUUUACUUCCUGCGACGAUCCAAACACUCCAACGAGAAUUAACGAUGGCCAAGGGGUCUUUGGCCGACGAGAUCUGGUCAGAGUCCCAUGAUGCUGAGUUGAAUCCCGAGAUAACUCAGGAAGCCCGGGUUAGGAUUGGUGAAGGUCUAUGUCGCGAAGAGCGGUAUUUCCGAUGGAGGCGAAGACAAGCCAUGAUCAAAUCUCUAGCAGCUUAUAUUGGCUUACAGGAAAACGAUAUACAUCCCGAUGAUAUACCCGUAAUCGCAAUUUGCAGUUCAGGGGGUGGCCUACGCGCUCUCGUCGCAGGCGCAGGCUCUUAUCUUGCUGCAAAAGAGGCAGGGCUUUGGGAUUGCACCAUGUAUACCGCAGGUGUUAGUGGGAGUUGUUGGUUGCAAGCUAUCUACAAUUCCUCACUCGGGGAACAGGAUUUUGGGAAGGUUGUUCAGCACUUAAAAAAUAGGCUGGGAAUUCACAUUGCAUUCCCACCUGAAGUACUUAAACAGCUUACAACAGCCCCAACCAAUAAAUACUUGUUGAGGGGUUUGGUAGAGAAGUUGAAAGCUAGUCCAGAGUCGGAGUUUGGAUUGGUGGAUAUCUACGGCUUGCUCUUGACUUCUAGGCUUUUAAUUCCAACGAGACAACCGUUGGAUUUACGCGAUAGCGACCUAAAGCUUUCGAACCAGAGAGUUUUCACUGAAAAUGGUGCCAAUCCUCUUCCCAUAUACACCGCUGUGCGCCAUGAAAUCCCUCCAGGAGAUACAAACGUACCCGAUACCCCUACGAAGCCCAUAUCGGAUGAAUCAAAGCAGGGGCCAAAACAAGAAACGUGGUUCGAAUGGUUCGAAUUUACCCCAUAUGAAUUAUUCUGCGAGGAGUUUACCGCAGGAAUACCUAUGUGGGCGACAGGGAGGCAAUUUUGGGAAGGCCGGGACGUUCCCACUUCGAAAGACUUCGCCGUACCCGAACUACGGAUAUCCGUGUUUAUGGGAAUUUGGGGGAGCGCAUUCUGUGCCACUCUUGCUCAUUACUACAAGGAAGUAAGACCAGUUUUGCGUGGCCUCGCGGGAUGUGGUGGCAUCGAUGCUGUGCUGGAUGGUAACCGCGAUGAACUAAUCCGUGUCCAUCCUUUCGAUCCGGCAACAAUACCAAAUUUCACCCUCGGACUGAAGGGACGACUUCCAAAGACGUGUCCAGAGUCAAUUUUUACGGACAAAGAACUCCACCUUAUGGAUGCUGGAAUGAGCAACAAUCUACCUAUAUAUCCCCUUCUCCGCCCCGGCCGCGAUGUUGAUCUGAUUGUCGUUUUUGAUGCGUCAGCCGACAUCAAGGAAGAAAACUGGCUAUCGGUUGUGGAAGGAUACGCACGGCAAAGGGGUGUCAAAGGGUGGCCAGUUGGGUCAGGUUGGCCCAAACUUGCAGCAAAUCCUGCAGAAACCGCGAAAUCCAUCGAGGAUGCUGCGAUUAGUUCAAUGAAGAAAACAGAUCAGAACAUCUCCGCUGCGAAGGAACAAAACCGGGAGCAAAGCAAUCAGAGCAAAGGGUCAAAUUCGGGGAGCAUAGGAACCAUUCCAAGCGUUCUUCAAGAUUCUAGAAAAUCCAGCCCAGAUCUAGAGAAGGCCGAUCUUGAUUAUUGCAAUGUUUGGCUUGGGACUACUCAGGAGCAAACAUCCACAGAAGAACCUCCCCCGUCCAAAAGGCUGUUCCAUUUGCCUCCGCAAGAUGAUUCGGACUCAGACUUCAGAUUAAUGCAACCAGAUGCCGGCAUAGCGGUUGUGUACUUCCCACUUGUGAAAAACCCUGCCGCUCCUGCCAUAAAACAGUCUCCUCCCCCACAACCACCGUCACCAUCACCAACAUCCUCGUCCGCUCCAGGCAUCAACUCAAAAAAAGCGAAAAUAUCUCCAGAGAUACCGGAAGCCGUGGAGCCUAUUGAUCCUGCAGUCAGCGAUUUCAUGAGCACGUGGAAUUUUGUUUACAGUCCAGAACAGGUGGAUGGCGUUGUUGCGCUUGCCAAAGCCAAUUUUGCGGAAGGCGAAGACCGAGUGAAACGCGUCGUGCGGGGCAUUUACGAAAGGAAGAAAAAGGCGAGGUUGCAAAGGAUGCAGUCAGGGGAGCUUGACGGCUAG